AUGGAACAGCGGAACCGGCUCGGCGCCCUCGGAUACCUGCCGCCGCUGCUGCUGCACGCCCUGCUGCUCUUCGUGGCCGACGCUACAUUUACCGAAGUCCCCAAAGAUGUGACAGUACGGGAGGGAGACGACAUCGAAAUGCCCUGCGCGUUCCGGGCUAGCGGAGCCACCUCGUAUUCGCUGGAGAUUCAGUGGUGGUACCUCAAGGAGCCGCCCCGGGAGCUGCUGCACGAGCUGGCGCUCAGCGUGCCCGGCGCCCGGAGCAAGGUAACAAAUAAGGAUGCAACUAAAAUCAGCACCGUGCGCGUCCAGGGCAAUGACAUCUCGCACAGGCUGCGGUUGUCAGCUGUGCGGCGGCAGGACGAGGGCGUGUACGAAUGCCGCGUGUCCGACUACAGCGACGACGACACGCAGGAGCACAAGGCCCAGGCGCUGCUGCGCGUGCUCUCGCGCUUCGCGCCGCCCAACAUGCAGGCCGCCGAGGCCGUGUCCCACAUUCAGAGCAGCGGUCCGCGUCGCCACGGCCCCGCCAGCGCUGCCAACGCCAACAACUUGGGUGCCACCGGCGCCGCAGGCCGAGCCACCUCCGACCCCGGCCACGGCAACAAAAGCCCGCCUCCGGGGAGUCCUCCUGCCGCCCCAGGUCCCGGAGUCCCAGAGGCGGCCGCUGCCUCCGCGGCCCACGCAGCCGCCACCACUGUCGCAGCUGCGGCCGCUGCUUCGUCAGCGUCACCGCCACUGGGCCAGGCGGUCCUUCUGCGCCAGAGGCACGGCUCAGGCACUGGCCGUAGCUCCGCCACAGACCCACUCUUGUCCCUGCUCCUGCUGGCUCUGCAUAAGCUCCUUCGCCUGCUGGUGGGGCACUGACACGCACAGCCAUCCCCCCGCACCUCAGCCCGCCCACACGGCCUGCCCAGACCCGGCGUGAGGCUCGCGUCACCAGAUGGACACAGAGAGACUGAGAAGCAUGACCAAGUCCAUGUGGAAAAUAAAUAAAUCCUAUUUUUGGGGAAGUUACACAAAUGUAGAACACCUAAAAUAAUGCAUCUAGUUUCCAAAUAAGAUGGAAUUUGGACCAUGCGGUAUGCAUGGGAUCAGUGAUUUCGCUACUUCAAUGUAUUUUUCUUUUCUAAACUUUUCCUCCAAGUGUUCAUUUUGCACGAACUGUUGAGCAGUUAUCUUUAGGAUACUAUGUAAAAAUGUUGGGUCAAAGCCUUUCUGACAAAGCAAAAUAUUUUUAGUAGAUUAUUGUGUUUAGGGAUUUUUUUAUUUACUUUUUUCUUUAGGGGCUUUCCUUUUUUUUAUUAAAGUAAAUUAUUUCUUUUGAGACAUUUUGAUUAAAAAAGGAUACAUCUUAUCAUAAUUAAAAUUCACUGUCAAUAAUAUUUAUUUUUAAAUAAAGAUUGGAAACAAGGUCAGACACUUGUUUA